CCCUGCAUACGGCCCUUUUCCCUUUAUGAGAAUCACAGAUCAGAAACCAGAGGCGGAUCUGCCGGGAAACACUUGGACAGUGGACAGAAGGGAGGCCCCACUCACACGCCCUCGAGUGAAAGCAGGAUUACCUCAUCUGAGCUAUGAAUAGAGAUUUUCACACAGGUUAUGGAGAAGAACAAUGGCGUUUUCUACCAUUCCGAGUGAGAAUUAACGCAUAGAAAGCCUUUGGGUUUUUGUGAAAAUCCUUAACAUGAUAGAAAGAAUAAUGUCUGCCAGCAGACAGUUAUGAAAUCGACAACUUUAUUAUAAAAAAAGCUUACAACACAUACUUAGAUAAUUUUGGCUACUUGGCGCAGAUGUCGUCAUAAGAAUGUCAUUGAAUUAAGUGUGAUAUGAUAAAAAUAGGCUGUGCCGCAGUAGAGCUGCAGCGAGAGGCUCCACACCGGAUGUGCCAUAUAUGGUCAAGAGACGCAGCUCUCUGAUUGGCUGCUCACAUUAGCGACAGGGUUGUUGCUGGAGCGCUCUGAGUGGGAGAUCCAUCAUUGUAAUUGACAAGGGAUAAGAAAAAUCACAGUUUUUAAUAGAAUGGGCGCGGUUGAAAUAUCACAACAACAGUUAUUUCAUUGUUUAAUUCUCUCUUAUCCUUUGAUUUUCUCGUUGAAUAACACAUGAUGUCAAAAGCAGAGUGUAUUUUUGUUAUUUUUGUGGGACAAUCACGCGCUUGCAGAUGAACCAUCUUAUAUAGAGAGCUAUAAAUCUCUAUAAUAUUCAUAAAUCGCAACCUCACUCAGUAAUGCAAAAAAAGGGGCUGCAAACAAGGCACGCAAAAUGACGUAUCUUGUUCAUUCAUGUGAAAGCUACAGCGUUGUAAUUGAACAAAAUCACCUCGGUUUACGCAUCGGACGCUUUAUUUGAAUGCCUAAAAUGUUGCAUCAAAACGAGCACUGUUUUGAGUCAGGCAUAUCUGUGAAAUGCCGUAUAUAUAUUUGGCUCACGUUUAACUGUCUCCCCUCCGGAUCAGUGGUACAGUCUCACAGAUUUCAUUCAUAAAAAUCUGCCUCACUAUAAAGAGAAGCAUCGUUGAUGGCUGGUGCCUCCUAGCGUAGUAACCUCAAUCUAGAUUUUUUUUUAAAAACCCUGAAGAAUAGCAUUUGGUGACAUUAGUCACAUAUUAAUCUGGUUCCCAGAAUCUCCUGGAGCGAUCUAGCAGAAGUGAUGCCUAAAAACGCGAGUGUUUCUCAGGUGUCUGCAGAACAGCUGCUGCACACAUCAGCUUCUGAGAUGAAGGAUACGCAGAAGACAGGUAUUCUGAAGGAUGCUGAUGCUCCCUUUGUUCCAACGGUCACUGCUGUAGCUUCAGCUCCAGAUCUUAAGUGGAUGGUCCUGUCGACUGACAUCUCUUCAGUGUCGCCCUGCAGACACGAGAAAGCACAGAGCUCAUCUCACUCCACAGAUGCCAAACCGGCUCGAAAGACCUUCACUGGCCGGAGGAAGGGGGUGAAAGAACAGCUUUCCCCAGAGGAAGAGGAGAGAAAGAGGAUCAGACGAGAAAGGAAUAAACUCGCAGCUGCCAAGUGUCGAAAUCGCAGACGAGAACUAACCAACAGCCUCCAAGCUGAAACCGAUAGUCUCGAGGAGGACAAAGCAGCUCUGCAGUCUGAGAUCGCCAGUCUGUUAAAGGAGAAAGAACGACUCGAACUCAUCCUCUCUGCUCACAAGCCCCAUUGUAAACUCACGGAGGAGACGGCGGAAGAAAGUGAGGAACAAACCCAAGCCCAGGAGGAGCAGAUUCAAGUUCCCAGCACCUCCCCAGAACAGGUGCCCACCUCCCCUCAGCAGGCCGACCCCACAAGCACUGCGAUCUUUGGCGACUCCGACGUCCUUCUGUGCUCCAGUGCUGAACUGGGCGCCGCUGAGGUGGAACCGUACAUCGAUAUGCGAGAUGUGUCCAUGGAGGACAUUAGCGAGGUGAUUGACAGCGGCGAUGACAUGGAUCUGUUAGUGCCAGAUAUUGACCUCACUAGCUCUCUGGGCCUGAGUGAAUGGGAAACCCUGUACAUGUCAAUGGGUGGUGGGUUGGAACCUCUCAGCUCGCCUACAUGCAGCCCCACCUGUAGCAGCACCGACGCCGUGCCCGUCUUCAGCUUCAGCAAUGCAGAUGUGGAGAAGCAUGACAGUGGGAAAGAGAGCAAAUCUAAUGCAGCCAAAGAAAUCUUGACGACUUUAUGAAGCUUCUGGCACAUCAUUCUUAUGAAUUAAGGUUCCAAAAUGGGGUUUCCACAGUGAUGCCAAGGUACUUUAUUGGCAUGUACCUUUGGUUCUUGAGAUGAUUAUAUGUUCUUCACACUAAGAACAAAUGGGUAUUUUAAUUACUGUUCACUAAAAGGUUCUUCGGGGAACCCAAAAUAGUUCUUCUAUGGCAUUGCUGUGGAACCCCCCUCCCUUUUGGAACCUUUAUUUUUAAAAGUGCAAAAGAACCUUUCAGUGAACAGUAAAAUGUUCUUUUCUAGACAUCUAUCCAUGGAAACUUUCCAUUGCACAAAAGGUUCUUUAUAGUGGAAAAGGGUUCUUUUCUGAAUUUGAUAGGUUCCAUGGAUGUUCAAGGUUCUUCAUAGAACCAUUGAUGCCAAUGAACCUUUAUUUUUAAGUGCUGUUUGCUGAAUGGUUCUUCUAUGGCAUUGGUGUGAAAACACCCUUUUGGGUUCCCAAAGCAGUUAUUCAUUUAAAAAAAUAAUAAUAACAAAUAAAUAAACAGAACAUUUUAAUAUUUCAAAGAUUCUUUUUUUCCCACGAUAAUAACUUUUUGUGCAGUGGAAAGGUUCCUUGGAUGUUAAAGGUUCUUUAUGGAACCAUAAAUGCCAAUAAAGAACCUUUAUUUUUAAGAGUGAAAUCAUCUGAGAAAGAAGGGUGAGAUGUGAAAUAUUGUUGAUGAACCGAAAAACCCUCAUAAAAUGCUUUCAUAAAUGAGUCUGACAUGUUCAACAUUUACAAAAUAUAGUGAAUGCUGUGCAGUAGAUGUAUUGUGACCCUUACAUCCAGUCAAGUCACUAUAGUCACUGUUUGUUUCUUCCAGAUGUUGACAUUGUUGAAUAUGUUGUUCAUCCUGUGAAAGACAUGCUUUUAUGCACUUUUGUACCAUGUAGGUACGUGUAAAUGUAUCAGUUGCUGUGGUGAUGUACAGUGCAGUCCGUUACACCGUGUCUUUAGUGUGUGACUAACUGUUUUUUGGUAUUGUCCAAAAAAAAAAAACAAUCUGACCAUGGUGGCAAAAAAAUAAAUAAUAAUAAUAAUUAUGCAUUUUUUUUGUUCUUCCUGUUUCCUUUUCAAUGGUCUGGCAUGUUUAUAAUAAACAAAGAAUAAAUAUCAAAAUUAGGAAA